AUGGCCGACGAGGUGCUGUACGAUUUUUUAUUAUUGGAAAUGGUUGACACAAUGCUGCAAACUGAUUUAGAUAAAGAUAUUUGUCUGUCAAAGUUAGAGCUUUUGGGAUUUAGAGUUGGACACAGUAUUGUUGAAAGAUUAACAAAAGACUCUCCUAGAUUUAAAGAAGAGCUUGACAUCAUGAAGUUUAUAUGCAAGGAUUUUUGGUCUGUCUUGUUCAAAAAACAAAUUGACAACCUGAGAACAAAUCAUCAAGGUAUAUUCGUUCUACAAGAGAAUAAGUUUCGACUAUUAGCACUAAUGUCAAACAGCAAACAGUACUUAGAACAUGCUCCAAAAUACUUGGCAUUUCCAUGUGGCCUAAUACGAGGAGCUUUGGCCAACUUUGGAAUUCUGUCAAUUGUUACAGCAGAUGUCAGCAUCAUGCCCUUAUGUAAAUUCCAGAUCCAAAUUCAAAGGACGUAA